AUGUACAAGUGUGGCCGGUGCGGGCGUGCGGCUGUGACGGGCCAGGUCGUCCCGGACGGCCGGACCGUCGGAUUGGCACGUGUUCCGGUGCUGCCGGCGCGCGUGGAGGCUCUGAGCGGCCUCUCCGCCAUCCCGCUCGAGUACGUCCGCCCCGCCGACGAGCGAGCCGGCCUCGGGGACGCCUUCCACCUGGCGCGCACCCAUGCCAACGACCACACCGCGCCGCGGAUCCCCGUCGUCGACAUCUCCCCCUUCCUGGGCGCCACCAGCAGCCAGCAGCAGCGGGACGCGUGCGUGGAGGCCGUGCGCGCCGCCGCCGCCGACUGGGGCGUCAUGCACAUCGCCGGCCACGGCAUCCCUGCCGAGCUCAUGGACCGCCUGCGCGCCGCCGGAGCCGCCUUCUUCGCCCUCCCCAUCCAGGACAAGGAGGCCUACGCCAACGACCCCGCCGCCGGCCGCCUGCAGGGCUACGGCAGCCGCCUCGCCACCAACGCCUCCGGGCAGCGCGAGUGGGAGGACUACCUCUUCCACCUGGUGCAACCCGACGGGCUCGCCGACCACGCGCUCUGGCCCGCGCACCCGCCCGACUACGUCCCCGCCACCCACGACUUCGGCCGCCGAACACGGGAGCUGACCUCCACGCUGCUCGCCAUCCUCUCCAUGGGGCUCCUCGGCCCAGACCGCGGCGACGCGCUAGAAAAGGCGCUCAUCACCCACUCCCAGGCAGAGGCAGGAGACGAACAUGAACAGAAGCAGCAGCAGGACGACCUCGACCUCCUCCUGCAGUUCAAGAUCAACUACUACCCGAGGUGCCCACAGCCGGAGCUGGCCAUCGGCGUCGAGGCCCACACGGACGUCAGCGCCCUCUCCUUCAUACUCCACAACGGCGUGCCGGGGCUGCAGGUGCUCCACGGAGGCCGCUGGGUCACGGCGCGCGACGAGCCGGGCACCAUCAUCGUGCACGUGGGCGACGCCCUAGAGAUCCUCAGCAACGGCCGCUACACCAGCGUCCUCCACCGCGGCCUCGUCAACCGGGACGCCGUGCGCAUCUCCUGGGUCGUCUUCGCCGAGCCGCCACCGGACACCGUGGUGCUGCGCCCGCUGCCGGAGCUCGUCAUGGCAGAUCAGCCCGCGAGGUUCACGCCCCGCACAUUCAAGCAGCACCUGGAUAGCAAGCUUUUCAAGAAGAAACAGCAGGAGCAGCAGAAAGCAAAGGAGGAGGAGGAUGGCAAUGGUGUCCACCACCACGACGAGCCGCCGCCUCAGACUCAGACCCAUUGA